UUGGUCUGCUAAGUUGACAAUUCAAAAGUAGAGGACGAUGAUUUUAAAUAUGUUACUUAUUGGUUUUCUGUUUGUAUGCCUUGUAUUGUUUUCUAUUAAACUAUAUAUAGCUUUAAGAAAAUUAAUUUCGAAAAAAAAGAAUAAAGAGUUAAAUGUUGGCUUUUUUCACCCUUAUUGUAAUGCCGGCGGAGGAGGCGAGAGAGUCUUAUGGUCAGCCGUACGAGCAAUUCAAAAGCAGUAUAAAGAUGCACAUUGUGUUAUUUAUUCAGGAGACCCUGUUCCAGCUAUAGACAUUAUAAAGAACGUUGAAGUGCGUUUCAAUAUAAAACUUCUGCGAAAUGUUGAUAUCAUAUACUUAAAAAGUCGUUUUUUAGUUGAAGCCAAGUAUUAUCCAAUAUUCACUUUACUUAUGCAAAGCUUGGGGUCAGUAGUUUUAGGACUAGAAGCUUUACUUAAAUAUGUUCCUGAUAUAUAUAUUGACACUAUGGGAUAUGCUUGGACAUUUCCAAUUUUUAAAUUUUUGGGAUCUUGUCCUGUGGGUGCCUAUGUACAUUUUCCAACUAUUAGUACAGAUAUGCUGAAGAAUGUCCAGAACAGAAUGACUGCUGUAAAUAAUCGUAAAUAUAUUUCAAACAAUAAAAUAUUAUCACUAUGCAAACUUAUUUAUUAUCAAAUCUUUGCAUCUUGGUAUGGCUUAGUUGGUAGACAAGCUAAUCUUAUCAUGGUGAAUUCAUCAUGGACACGGAAUCACAUACUAGAACUUUGGAAAAAACCCCAGUUUACUUUUACUGUUUACCCACCUUGUGAUGUUCCUGAAUUUAAUCGCAUUCCAUUGGAAAUACAUGAUGGUAAAACAAGAAUUGUGUCUAUUGCUCAAUUUCGUCCAGAAAAAAACCAUGAGCUUCAAAUUAGAGCAUUCUAUAAGUUUCUUGAAAGCUUAGAUAAUCAUACAAAUCCUCCUAUUCUUGUGCUUAUUGGAAGUUGCAGGCACGAAGAAGAUUAUCAAAGGAUUGAAGUGUUAAGAAUCUUAUGCUGUGAACUGAAGAUUUCAGAAAAAGUGGAAUUCAAGGUUAAUUUGUCUUUUCAAGAAGUUAUUCAAGAAAUGAAGAAUUCUACCAUAGCACUUCAUACUAUGAAAGAUGAACAUUUUGGUAUUGGAAUCGUCGAAUGCAUGUCUGCAGGUCUAGUAAUGAUUGCCCACAAUUCUGGAGGCCCUAAGAUGGAUAUAGUUGUUGAUUAUAAUGGCAAAAAAACUGGUUUCUUAGCAGAUGACAUAGACUCCUUUGCAGAUGCUAUGGAAGAUGUGUGGAAAAUGGGUAAAAAAGAUUUACACAAAAUAAGAACAAAUGCCCGUGCUUCAGUUUCACGUUUUUCUGCUGAUAAAUUUGAAGAUGUUUUUCUUUCAGCAUUCAGAUUACUUACCAUCUAAAGAUGUGAUAAAAAUAUUUAUUUUGUU